AUGAACAUGAACCCAUUCAAACAAAAACCACUCCCGCCAACACCACCAGCCCGUGUACCCUCUGACACAAUUAUCCCAGUUCACUUCUGGGACGACGUGCCGUAUACUCGGGGUAUAUGUCUCAACUUUACACUCCAAUUCGACAAUGUGCUCGAUCCAGCGAAACUGCGCAGCGCUCUCGAGCGACUGCUGCAAUGUGGAGAGUGGAGGAAACUUGGUGCUCGGCUUCGUCUAAAUGGUGGAGGAAAGCUGGAGUACCAUAUCCCAGAACGAUAUACUGAAAAGCGACCCGGUUUUAUCUUCACGGUUGAUGAUGGUAAUGCUACCAAUAGCAUCUACGAGCAUCCACUAGCAUCAGAUCUUCCAUCAACAGCAACAAAAUCGCCAUCAUCGUCAUCCUCAUCAUCAAAUCCAGCCCCAAACCCAUUCAUUAUAUUCGACUGCUCCUCCAAAUUCACCCCCAUCCUCAUCCACAAAUCCGCCCCAACCAGCAUCGCCUCGUUUCUCUCCUCCGACAACCCGCAACUAUUCAUACACACCGUCCUCUUCAACGACGCAACGCUCCUAACAAUAACAUUCCCACACACCCUCACGGACGCAAUGGGUCUAGCUGGUUUCUUUCACGCAUGGACAGCUAUUCUCUCCUCUCAAACAGCUCCAACAAAAGAUGAAGAAGAAGACCAGCAAAAGAAAAUCCCCUCGUUCCUCGGAUUCGAUACCGAUCUGCUCGAAUCACAAUUCGAUGCCCAAGUCCCCGCGCAGCGACAUCUCCUUUCAUCCCAGGCCUUCGGACAACUGGGGAUCCUGGGACUAGUGGUUAAGCGCUGGUGGGAGAACUACUGGUAUCCCACGUUGGAGGAUAGAAUGCUGCGCAUACCGGGGAAGUAUAUCCAGCACCUAAGAAGGCAAGCACAGUCAGAACUAGAAAGCGACUUCUUCAUCAGCGAAAGCGACGUCCUCCUGGCGUGGAUAUCGAACCUGAUAAUGACAGCGCGCAAUGACAAUCCGUCCACACAAGUGAUGAUCCAGAACGUCUUUGAUAUCCGCUCUGUACUUGGCCUCUCUGGACCAAGUGCCGGGAUGAAGGUGUAUGUGGGCAAUGCAACAUUCCCAGCGUGCACAGCGACAACGGCACAUCGACUCCGAAACGGGUCCUUGAGUCAAACAGCCCGUGAUAUAAGGAUUUCGCUCGAGCAGCAACGCACACCAGAUCAGGUGCACGCCAUGGCGUCGCUAAGGAGACAAACUCUCCGGGACACGGGCUUCUUGCCUAUCUUCGGCGAUCCGAGACAGGUGCAAGUUACGUGCACCAAUUGGCACCGCGCGCGAUUCUUUGAGGUUGAUUUCGGGGGUGCUGUUUCAGAUGGGAAGAAAGGGAACUGUAGACCAACGUAUAUUAAUACCGCUGGUCCGGAACCGUUGGGGCCGCUUGUUGCGAGGAAUUUGGUUACUGUUACUGGGAAGGAUGGAGAGGGGAAUUGGUGGGUGCAGCUUGUUGUGAAAGUGGAGGUGUGGGAUAGGAUUGGGGAAAUGCUGAAGGGGAUAAGCUGGGAUGAAUAG